AUGUUCAUCCCCGAUGAGAAUCCAACAGGUGCAUUUGUGUUCAUUGAUUGUGUUCUAAUAAUUCAGCUGCAGCAAAAAUUACCAUCAGAUUAUUCCGAUGUAAUUAGUAUAAUCAGCUGAGUCUUGAAGGUCAAGCCCUCGUGCUCAGUGAAACGCUGUAGACAUUCGCAGAAACACAAAACGUGUCUGAUCAGUGCGAAUGCCAUGGGGAAGAUAAAAGUUUUCCUCUGCUUCCCAGUUUUCUUUUUUGGAAUUUGUCAGUUUGUGUCAUCCCAAGACUGGCUUGAUGUAUCCAAAACAGAACUCCUGAAGUUAAGAAAUCAAUUCCUAUCUUUUGACAACAAGAAAUCGGAUAUACUUUUUCUGAUCGACACGUCGGGCAGUUUACGCGGCAGCGACUUUAAUGAGGAAAAAAAAUUCGUGACAAAUUUACUGAACGAAAUAAGUGUAGGUAUGGAAGCCACCCGUGUUGAGGUGAUUCCGUUUGGAGAACAAGCUACCAUAUUCGUAGAUUAUGUUUCCGUCCCUAACCUGGCAAACACGAAGUGCACAUUCAACGAGAAAUUUAAUCCGAUGCCUCACAGCAUCAAUGGGUGGAUGACUAAUAUGAAGGGCGCCUUUCAACUGGCCUACGAUGUCUGCCUUGGAAGGUUAAGCGGUCAGAAAAGAGGCCCCCUAAACAAGUUGAAAACCGUCGUUAUUCUUCUCACAGAUGGGUAUUGGAAUUGGCCUUAUCGUGAUCCGGACCCAACCAACAUUGCCAAGCAGCUUAUAGCAGGAAACGUGGAGAUCUUUGCUAUUGGCGUUGGAAGGGUUAAUUUUCCCGCACUUCAAGGACUUGUUAAGGACAAAAAUAAGCACGCUUUCUAUCUGAAUAACUUCGAUCAGUUUGCGGAGCUUGCCACGUACCUGAGAGGGGGUAAGAAAACUUAAAUAAAAUUUCUUAACUUUUCUAUUUUCUAAGGUCUGGUUGUCAGUCGAAAUAAGGGCUUUAGAAGCAGUUUGAGAUAUUCGUUUUUUCCCUUGAUGAUGAGAUGAUGUUCCCUUUACCCACAUUAGAAUGUUAUGUUAAAGAAGCUGAGCCACGAAUUUCAUCAAAAUUCUAACCGUAGGAACUGUCACCAAAUUGAGUGAAACAUAAAAAAAUAAUAGCGAAAAACAUUAAAAGAAGAAAUUAAUAACACAGCAAAUACAAAAGUAGGCACGGUUGGACAAACAUGAAGAAGAUUAAAACGGAUUGAAGUUGUGGGUUUUUUUAAAACUUGUUAGCCUAACAGUUUUUCAAAGUUCAUUUUCAUUGUUUGUAAUGUUUGGUACAAUGCUUGGGAAUUAUAUUUGUUGGACAAGAAGCCGUGAUUUCAUCGUUUACAAGAAAAAUUCUUCUUCCGGUAAACGUUAAGUUUCAUGGCACAUAAGGAAGCGCAGCCGUGACACAGCCCCUUGAAACGUUCAGGACGAGUUAAGAUUUUCAGCAGACAUUCUCCACCCUUGCAUUUAUUUUACUGAACUGUGACUAUCCGGACAACGUUAUUUUUUAUACCGAAAGGAAAAGAAAACAAAAACAACAACAACAACAAGGAAAUGUCCACCCCAUGCCCCUUGUAUAGUUACAUUACGUUGAUCAAUCUUGUUAGCAAGUAAGUUGAUAAAGAAAAAGGUUCUUGUGCCUAACCACACAUGUAUCCAAAUUACCAGAAAAAAAUCAUAUCUUGAAGGAAAUUAUCACAUGUACUUGAAUUCUUAAGAGAGAAGUGUUUUACUUGUUAAAUUCAAAGUCGUUUUAUUUUAUUACUGAUCAGAACUAAAUUUAUAAUAAAGUCUACGAGUCCUCAUCUUCUACGUUCGCAGGAUUUUGAUCAACUUUCGAGGCUUGGAAGGAGCUGUCGUAAAAAUGAUCAGCAAUGUUUAGUUGAUUGGCUCAGUGACGCGGUAAUCAGAAUGAUAUGCAGGUCGAGCGCGGUUCUCUAAUCAAAAGUUAUCAUAUGCAAAUUCCCUUCAGGUUGGCGGCAAAUCUUAAAAAACUUCCAGGGUGAAAUUUCUCAGGAUUCUAGUCCCCGCGAAAAUUCCUUCAAUCUCGCAACUAACACAAAAUCAACGAGGCAGUUAAGUGCAAACUAGAAACGGCAAUCACGCACCCAUGCUUUUAUUGCAACACAACCCGCCAAUAUAUUUUCAGAUCUCUUAUCAGUGCUCAUUCUUAUUACGAACGUAGAAGCUGAGGACUUGGAGACUUUAUUAAGACUCCGAAAAUGGAUAGACUUGUCGUACAUGUAAUCGUAUGCGAGUGACUGUACCUUGUGCUUAUCGCUUUAGCUGGUGAAUGGAGACGAGCACUCGUUACUUUAGCCAUGGCGUUGCUGAGUAUACUCGAGUGUGGGCUAAAAAUGUCUACUUUUUACUUAGCAUCUAGAUCAUAAAUUUCUAUCUCUGUGCUCAAGAAGCCUAUUGUUUUCAAUUCCUUCCAAAUUUUGAGCUGAUGCUUUCAAAGCGAGUCAGAUAAGCCUGCGACCUUUAUAUAGAAAACCACAUUAGUUUGUAGCCUUUGAUUAUAAUUUAGUUUAUUUAUAAAGUAAAUACCAGCAUAAACAGUUUAGCAUAGCUUUGAAGUCAAGAGUUCUUUUACUUCAAAACUUCCAAUAUUGUUUUAGUGGAGAAAAUAUGCGUAGAGACGUUAAUUAUUCUUUCAUUGUUCUUCUUAUUAUUCUUGUCUUUAGAUCCGUAUGAAUAUAAAUGGCAAACGAAAACAGUGAGUCCCAGCAAAUGUAACAACAACUGCGACCCAAUAGCAGCUUGCGCAUGCGGUUUAGUGUACGGAGACUACAAAUGCGCAUGCCCCACUGGAAUGGCGGGCUCAGGAUACGUGGGACAAUGCACUCGUAAGUGUAUAGAUCGGAAAUGGCGUAAGAUAUGGUUACACAGGCUCGAUCAUCACCUGACUUUUGUGUGCUUAUUUUGUUCGUGUCUUUGUUUUUCUGAAUCUCGUUCAUAUACCAACACAAAAUUCAAGGUGAUUGAUGACCACCCAUUCGAAAAAGUGACUUCUUACCCCUAUGCCAAAACGUAUAUUUAGCGAUUCAAUCACACUUGUCCAGAACACAUUCUUAUAUGUUAUUGAAAUGACUGACGUCAAAAUGUUUAAAACUCCAGCGGGAAUAAAAGCCAAAGGCGAGUGGUUUCAUUCAAAAGCCCUAAGUCUCCUUCGAUAAAAGAAUCAAAAGUUUUUAGUGACCCCUGCAAUGUUCUUUGAGUCUCCUCAUUCCACUACGUAUCGUUACAAGCAGUAUCACAAAAUGAACAGCUUGCUUAUAGUAUGUACUCUCUUGUUUGAUUUCAAUUCUUAAAUGAUAGCAGGGAUUUUUUUUGUUUCUUCUACUUACGUCUCGUUUUUACGUGCUUGGUUGUCUUUGUUGUUUGUUUAACAUUAUGCCCACCAUCAACACACAGUAAAAAGUUCUUAUUCCAUCUGACUAAUUUCUUGCUUUUGUUUUGUUUUUUUUCUUCUACUUGCGUCUCGUUUUUACGUGCUUGGUUGUCUUUGUUGUUUGUUUAACAUUAUGCCCACCAUCAACGCACAGUAAAAAGUUCUUAUUCCACCUGACUAAUUUCUUGCUUUUGUUUUGCUUUUUUUCUUUGAUUCUUUGUUUGUUUAACAGAAUGCCCACCAUCAACGUACAAGAAUUUCACUGGCUUUGCUAAAAACUGUUAUCCUUGUCCAGCUAACUCUGGGCACACAAAAACAGGAAGCACAUCUAUACUGGAUUGCAAAUGUUUUGAAGGUUACAAAGGAAAUCCCCAUAAUGGACAAGACUGCUCAAGUAAGAGAACUGGUCAUCUGUAAACUAUGAUAACAGAUAAAAUAAUAAUAAUAAUAAUAAUAAUAAUAAUAAUGAUAAAUAAAUGAUCCUUUACUUUUGGGAAACACAAAGGCUAAACUAGAUAGCGAAACUAACAAGUUAUAAUAAUUUUUAGAUUUUUGGGGGGAUGCCGAAAGCUAUUAGGAAAUUAAAGCUAAUCAACCAGCAAAACCGUCAUUGAUUUGCUUUCCUAAUACUCUCAGAAACAGUUCAGUUUUAACAGAUGACUUGUUUCUCAAGUAUUUGGGCAUUUUAGUACGAACUUGAAUUUAGCUGAUUCAACUGAGGUACCGUAUCGAACGAUCACACCCGGAACACAAUGCUAGCAAGGACAAAUAUGAUACCCUGUUUAAGGGUCGAUACCAUAGUUAACAUAUCGGGCGGCACAUAUCUAUCUAGCCCAUAGGGGAGUACAGCUCCCCCCCCCCCCCACCCACAAUUUCCUCCGAUCGCAUGGCAUACAAGAUUUAUUAAAUAGCGUGUUUCCUCCAAGAAAUUCAGCACUUUUUAACGUAGAUUUGAUAAAGAUAAUUAAUAACAGUCGGAUUUUUUGAAUAACAAUGGCUUAUCAAGACCUCUUUCACAUUCUAAGCUUGUCAAAGCCCAGAAAAGUAUAAACAAGCAGAUUAUUCCACCUUUGGUUUCUCUUUCGUGACUUCCUGUAAGAUGUCCAACAGGCCUAUGCUUGUAACUUGCCCGGCAACUUGCUAACCCUUUUACUCCCCCUGUGAACGACGGAGUGUUACAAGGUGGUUUUGAUUUCAGUGGAUAAAGUUCUGUGGUUUUACCGUUCAAAUAAAUCCUCCUCAGCAGGAUGUUCACAUGGUACUAUAUAUUAACUAUGUAGUUCUAAUUGUUGAACCUGUGGAUCAAAUCCUAUGGCGUUACCAUUCAAAUAAAACCUCUUCAGCAGUACGUUCACAUGACACUAUUUAUUAAGUAUGUAGUGGUAACUUUUGAGCCCGUGGAUUGAAUCCUAUAGUGUUACCAUUCAAACGGAACCUCUUCAGGAGUACUUUUACAUGCAACGUUUUUUUUAGUGUGUAGUUCUAACUUUUGAGCCUGUGGAUGGAACCUGUGGUGUUCAGUAUCUUUUCAAUGAAACCUCUUUGGCAUUACCUUUACUUUUUAAAAUUUGGGGGUGAAAGGGUGAAAUAUUAUACAUCAAUUAAAGGAGCUGUGGCGCGACAUUGGGAUCAUGAUACGUUUUGGAAACUCCCCACCUACUCCUCCCCUAAGCCAAACUUAACACUUUCUUGUCACUUUGGGAAAAAUGUUGGUUUAGGGAAGGGGUAGGUGGGCAGUUUCCCAGAAACGUAUAAGGAUCCCGAAAGGUAUCAAAAUUCAAACAUUGGGAACUUGGUGCCACCAAAUGGAGUGAAACGAACGUAUGAAUAACACAGCAAAUACAACAGGAGACAGGGAUGGAGGAACUUGAAGAAGACAGAAACGGAAUCGGCAAUUUUGCUUUUUGAAAACAUAUUAGCCUGACAGUUUUUCAAAGUUCAUUCAUCGUUUUGUUGUUUGCGUCGUUGAAAAACAUGCUUGGGAGACAUAUUUGCUUGACACGUUCUCGGCUGUGAUUUGUCAUUCUCAAGUAAUUUGUCAAUUUUCGUAGCGAGUAAAGACGUGUGAUUGGUAGUUAUUAAAAAGUGAACUAGACUAGACAAGACAACUGUGACACAGCCUCUUUGCACAGAACAUACAGUUUAUUACCUUCACUAUUCGUUGUGAUCUUUUUUGUUAACAGUCCGCUAUUGCGAGGAGCUGGAAAUACCUAAAAAUGGAAAGAAAAAAGGUGGUAGUUGCGGCCGAGCGUACCAAGCAAUCUGCGAGUUUGAGUGUAAUGAGGGAUAUGAAAUGAAAGGGUCCGCCAGUCGGCAGUGUACUGUAAAAGACCCCAACGGAGUAAAUUUAAUGCAAUGGAGCGGGACGCCUACCAAAUGUGAAGGUUAGUUAAUAAUUUAUGAUAAUUAUAACAAUUUACUAAUUUGCUAUUGCGCCUUUUAACCUAAAAAUGAUCAAAAGCGCUUUUCAUUGUCUACCGUUAUACUAGUUAAAAUUUAUAAUAUAUACAACCGAUAAAAAAGAAAAAUGCUCAUAAAAGUACAUAAAUAUAAUGAAAGUGAAAUAAAAUAAUAGAUGUGUCUUUCACGGAUAUGCGUUUGAAGGCUGUUCCACAAUGUAGGGGCGGCAGCGUAAACGAUCUAGCGCCUAAAGUUGUUCGCAUGCGCUGCUUAGGACGUUCUAAAACAAUAGUGUAAUUCGAUCUUAAUGAAUAUGCAGAACAGGACCUAACUGCCCACCUACCCCUCCCCUAAGCCAACAUUAACACUUAUUUCUCGCUUAGGGAAAAAUGUUGGCUUAUUGGAGGGGUAGAUGGGUAGUUUCUCAGAUGCGUAUAAUAAUCCAUGCUAACUAAAUCGCUAAUGUAGCUAGUUGACCUUAAAAGCAAUGAUUGAAAUUUUAGUUUAUAGUGGCACAACCCGCGAGCAAAGCCCUAUGAAAAGGAGGCUCAGCAUGAAACGGGUAACACCUUGAAGUGGUCAAUACCCAAGCGUUUGGACCAAUCAAUCUUGUUCUGUAUUGUCAAACUGAAUUUCCCAGUGCCAGCAUCCGGUAAUCGAUAAACCGCUGGUCGUAACUUAUCAUGAGUUGCCGUAGUAAGCGCACAGGUAGUAGACCUAGGCUUGAAACUGUAUCCCGGUAACAAGCAGCACACGCGCAACAAAGAUCUUACUCAAUAGUUCAUUACCACAUGAAAGAUUUGUAAUAAAGAAACAAGACACUGUGGGAGCGUACAUUUGGGCAUCGAAGUACUAUGCGUGUGUGAUGUUUUUUUUUUACUUGUGUUAGGGAAGUGUGAGUAGCUCAGUUACCUUGCAUAUUUUAGGGGUUGGUUGAGAUGUUAUAUUAGACGUCGCAGAUUGGUAAGAUAAUGGCUGUAGUUUGUUAAUCAGUGAAACUGGUUUCUCAUAGAAUUUAAUAUGAAGUAACAAAAAAUGAUUUUUUUUGGGAAGGUGAAAGAUUUUAGGUGUUGCAGUGAAGUAUUUAUGGGAGUGCUUAUUUGGUUAUGAAGGGAUAGUGUAGUUAUAGUCUGUUUUAAUGACGUGGUGGUUGUGAAAGAUCUUAUCAAUAGUAGAAAACAUGCGUGUUCUUAUUUUAAACAUUGCUAGGCUUUCUGUUUAGGAUUUUUUUCGGUCGAUUUUUUAUGUUUGUAUGCAGAGAACGUGGAUAGAGGAAAGUUCAUUUAAUAUAGAGAAGGGGUUAUGAAGAUAUUGAGAGGGUGGGGCUGAAAUUUUUUGUGUUUUCGGGGACUUUGAAAAUUUGGUUAGGUCAAGUUGGAGGGCGUAAAAUCUUGCUAUAGAACUUAGGGCCCGAUUACAUCAACCGGGGCUGGCUUGCUUUGCAGAGAUCUUGGCAUCUUAGUUAAACUCAACAAAAAUCAACUUUGCGAUUAUAUAACAAGCGGGCUAGUCCGCCGGUUAGCUAGGAUCCCAGUAUUGUGACGCCGGGAUCCCGUGUGGGAAUUUUCCAAGUAAUCACGCUUGCUGAGCGGCCUGACGAAUGAACCAAGCAAGAAACAGGACAGUGGGUAACACACUGCUCAUGCGCAUUGCUUCCAAUCUCCAUACAAAAAUGGCGGCUCACGGCUUGCCCUUUUCAUGUAAUAAUGGGAUAAAAGUCACCUCAGCAGAGCUAGCCAGCCCAGCAAACCGAACCAGCCCGGCUCAUGUGAUCAGGCCCUUACUGUGAGUUGUACUGUUACACGGUUUGCACGUAAAAUCUUUGGAAUUUGCCGCUUUCGUCGUCUGUGUAUUAGAGAAUAUGACUUAAUCUAAUUAACCUAGGCGUCUAAAAAUAACUGUCAUGAACGCGGUUUGCACGUGAAAAUGUUGGACUCUGCCCCUUUUAGGGUUCGAACGUGGAAGAAUGCAACUUGUUUACGAGAUCAUUUUGCUCAAUAAAAUUUUAAGAAAUCACCACCUUUCCGAAAAUCUGCAUUGCUUCAUUCAAUAUUACCCUUAUUUAUCUCAUGCAUGGUCACGGAAUUUUGCGUGACAUCUUCUUUGGCUCUCGAAAACUGAGGGAAAAAAUUUUGUCAAACUCUCGGCAAUAAGCCAUUGCUAGCAAUGAAAAGUCUGUUUAAUGAAAAAAGGCAAUGACCGGUACCUAUGGUCCGUGUUAGAAACACUCAAGCCGUGUGCUGCGAGGACAAUUAUUUUCUAAAGGAAAAAUUUAAAUUAUUUAACAGUUUGUAUCACUCGGUGUACCUUGUUUUUUCAAUGCGUUUGUAUUCUAUUGCCGAUAUGUUUGCCGUGCAUUAGCUGUGGGACGUAUUGUAACGAGGAUAAAUGCUGUGUCGUGACACAUCGCACCGCAGACUUUCGCGUCGAUUGGCUUGUUUACUUAGCUUGUUUACGUUCGCACGUAUUACGUGCCUAUUGCAACUUUGAAUCAAAACAAGCGAUCUCGAUUACUCUAUUUGGGCGCCGCCAAAAUAAAACGCUGCCCAACCAUUGUGAUUGGCCUCAGAUGUAUAGGCGACAUCUUUAAAGUCCUGAGACCCGAGCAACGAGGCCUGGUAGGUCUGCAGAGAAUAUUAUUUUAGGUUUUCAUAAAUAUAGAGUAAUGCCUGAGCUCCUAGACCUUCGACAAAAGAAUGACUGAGCGCGUAGUGCUUGGUCAUCAUUUUUAAGAAGGCCUCGUGAGCCAAAAUUGUAAAUACAGGUAAAAUUAAGGAUUCCAACAACGAGGGAAGAGUAACGCGUGUUGUAGUUUCGCUUUUUAUUUGUUCUCUCUAGUUUUACCUUUUUGCCUUCUAUGUUUUUAUCUGAAAAGCUUUAUGUACAAUAGGCUAUUUCUGAGUUGCUCCAAGCCUCUGUUUAAGGGCUUGUUUACAUGGAGGUGGGGGACCUCAGGUCCGUGAGGUAACCCGCUUGGGUGGGGUAACCUGCCUGCCCAUAUAAUCUCUCAUUUUAAUUCGAUCACGUUUACAUGAUAGGUGGGGUAACCCGCCGCGAGUUACCUCACCUACCCCACCUCCAUUUAAACGGGCCCUAAGAGCUAGGCUAAAUGUGAGGCUAUUGAUAUGAAAAUGGUUUCUAUUCUCAUGCAAAUAAAACUCACUUGCACCUAGGUUCGUUUUAAAAAUGAGAGUUUUUAGUACUCGAAAAUGGCCUAUUCAAGUUUCAAUUGUUGAUUUCUCACUCUACCAGAGAAAUUACCAUAUUAACUCUGCAAGGUUUGUGUAUUCAUUUAUUCUGUAUUCAUUUGUUGUUUUUAGAGAUAACUUGCCCCAUACAAUCAGUUACUUAUGCGGAUCCUACCACUGGUACAUGCGUGGGAGCGGAUGGUAAAACAUCGGCUAACUAUGCUUAUAGAACAACGUGCACCUUUAAAUGUCUGCAAGGUUACGAUCGAAUUGGUAGCGAGACAAACACAUGUCAGCUGGACAAAACGUGGUCACCUUCUGCUCCGACCUGUAAAGGUAUGCAGUUUAUCACGGAGGGGGGCCAUUACCUAUCAGGGGCACCCAACGACGAUUUCCCCCUAAAUACGUUGAAAACACUUUUUAGGCCGUCCAGAGUAUUUUUUAGAUCUCUAGAGAUACAUUCUAAGCGGCGCUAUAGAAUUUGUAUCUAUUUGGUCAUCCUAGGGACUUUAGAUGCUAUUUAUCGCUUUCCGAAUGUGAGAAUUUUUUCUGAUUCCCAUCUCAAUCACUUUUUUUAAUCAGAACACUUUAGGUUUCUUCUUUCUACGCAAAACAGCAUUACUCGGGGAGUGAAAUGUGAAAAAUUAAGCUUCGGAGAAUCGUAGGGAAUUUAUUAGAUAAGGUUCGAAAAUUGUACAUGAAUGGAACGGUCAUCUAGAAAUUUGAAGUGGUCCUCAAGUAAUAGAAAAUUCUAGGCAAUAUUUGCUUCUCCGAACAGAUAUUUUUAACAGAUUUCUAUCUGGCACGUUUGAUGAAGAAGCCAAUUUAAAUUAGCUUUAACUGUUGGAUUUGAGGGAUAGUUUAGUCUUCAGUGCAGACGUUCGUAGGGCUUCGUCACGCCCUCCUCCCUCACAGACGUUCGUGGCGCGGGAACGCGUGAUGAAGCUGUCUUCGUCUGUGUUGGAGGCUAAGGAUGGUUUUGCACCAUCGCGAAUAUCCCCACCAGUGUGGUUUUGCACCAUCGCGAAUAUUCCUACGCUUCCAUCACAGAACAAAAGAAAUGUUGGGAGUUGUUGGCUUUUGACCGGUUUCAAACUUUAUAUCUAAAAGGACGUUGUCCAACAAUGGCCUCCGUUUGCACGGGGCUUAAGAACAUGGCGGAUCCCCACCAGUUUUAUAAUCAUUUUAAUCAUUUUAUAAUGAUCCUUUUUUUCUCAUGUAAAAAUCAGGCUCACUAACCAGAGCACCUCAAGUAUGAUUUUUCGUUUGGAUUUUGUUUUUGAGAACAAAUUAGCGUUUUUUUUUUUUUUGGAGUUUUUAAAUACGCAAAAAAUUUAUUACAUCUAUGACUUGUAUGCAAAUUGCAAUUAAAGAUAUAAGUGUGGAUGUGAACCGCUUAGGUUGUGCCUUUAACUGCGAGGAUCACAUGCAAGUAAAAGGAUUAAUUCAGAAAUGGCCAAUAACCGUUUUUUAAAUUUUGUUUUUCUAGAGGUUCGUUGUCCAGCGCUACCUACAGUGUCUAUCGGUACGUACACUCCCGCAGACUGUGACGAUGGCACGAAGCGUUUCUUUAGCACCUGUACGCUGGCAUGCCCGGAUGGGUAUCACAUUGCAUAUGGUCCUGAAACUUUGAUAUCUGACACAAGAAAAUGUCAGCUGGAUGGCACGUGGGAAUACAGAGCAACAAGUCCAACAUGUAAAGGUCAGGGAAAUCUCCCUCUGUUUGUUCCCCCUCCGCGCCAAAAAUUCUGCGUAAACUAGUGUUGUGUCCCAAAGAACUGCAUACCGUUAAUUGUCGCUUGUUAUUUAGCCGGCGCUUAUACAUCUUGUUUAGGGGUUUUAGGAGAUUGUACAAACGGAGGGGCUUAUAUCUGAACCGGGGGCUUAUAACCGUAUUUUAAAAAAAAACUACAAAACGCUUUAAAACAAGCUUUUGCAAUGCUAAUCAAAAUACGUUUUGCAUUUUCUUUAUUUAAUUAAGCUUAAAACGUCCUAAUAAAUCCAAUUCACUUCAAUACAUUUGGAGGGGGACUAAUAAUCAGAAGCCUUUUUUGGGCAGGCAGAUGGGCCUGUAACGAGGGGGCUUGUAAGAUUGAGUCUACGGUAUUCUUUAGAGCCUGGGAAAUGCCGGCGACGUUUGUUCUGGACCUUUAGGAGCCGAAAUUGAGAUGUAAAAGGUGAUCAUACAACCUUUAACACACCAAGAAUUUAAACGUUUUAUUAGAUAGCUUCUGAAACAAUCCUGCAGUAUUGCUAAGACUGAUUUAGAUCCAAAUAAAAGCCUACUUCGAAACAAGAAAACUUACUGGGAUUCCAAGGGGAACAUUGAACAGAGUCGAACCUCCACUUACGGCCACCUCUCCACAACGGGCCACUUUUUUGUCUCGGCGGACAGUCCAUGCAUACAUUGACUCUUGUUCAAACCUCUCUGCAAUGGCCACCUCUCUUAACACUGCAACAGCCACUAAACCGCGUCCCAGCUGCCAAAAUAGGCUGAUUUAGCAACAGAACGGGAACGUCAGUUGACGACGGCGCGCGCAAAUCAAACAAAUGGCUUGACCAAUGGCAGAGCGGCAAAUUGAGCACCGGAAGUCGUGUUUAGUCCUUUCCGCGCGCUUUCCCAUCGUCAACUGACGUUCCCGUCCUGUUGCUAAAUCAGCCUAAUUAGAAAGUAGGGACUUUACGAUUCGAUGACGCGACGGCAGCGAACGAAAACGUCGCUUCAAAAUUGAAUUUGCGUUGUUCCAACUCACUUACUUUGUCAAACGUAGGCGAAUCCUUCCGGAGUUGAAUUUCUAAGAACCAUAUUCAGGUUUAGAAAGAGAAUAAAAUUUCGUCGUCGCUUGUUUACGUCCUCUCUAAAAAGUAAAAUUAGGCAAUUUCACGUCGUAGUCGUGCAAAAGCGGCAAAGAAAUGUACAAAAAAGUGAGAUGCACGUGCAAAGUUGUUGUUUUGUCUACUAAAGAAAACUUAUUGUUGUUUUUGACGUUCUCGUUGCCGUCGCGUCGUGGGAUCGCAAAGUCCCUAAUAACCUCUCCACAACGGCCAUUUUUUCUACAGUGAAUUACUAAAAAGUCAAAGAAUGGUCAUGAAAUUUUGAUCUGUAUGGCGCUUCCAUGGUUAAUAUAAUCGCGGCAAGUCAUACUUACAGUUCAUUUAUGAUAAAAUGUAAAUACAGUGUUUUUUUGCAAUAAACGUGACAUCUGGCUCAAUCAGACAAAGGCAAUUUUCUUCUGUCCCCAAGGUGGCCGGAGGUUCAACUGCCGUUGUCUUUGCAUUUUCUCCAAGAAUAAAGUAAAGUAGGGGUCAACACGAACUUAGUUCUGACAAGUUCACAAUCAUGCCGUGGCAUGAUGUGGAUGUUAUUUCUCCAGAUUAUAUUUGGUACUGAAAGAGACUUUCUCGGAGUUACCUCUGAUGUAAAAUUUUUCUUCAUUUUGCAUCGUUAAAUGUUGAGUUCCACGGGUUAAAGUAGAUGCCUUCGGGUGUUAUUUAUCUAGGUACACAAAGGAAAGGCGGGGAGUGGUGCUGGUGGUGGUGGAGAAAAACAGUUUUACAAAUCGAUAUCUAUGUACAUAUAUGUACCCCACCGUAUUCCUCUGUAAUUUUUUUUUAACAUUUUACCUAGAUUUCAGGCCUCCAACGCUGUCCUGCCCUGGCCCAACACUUACGGCUGACAACGACAAAGGAAAAAAUGUUGCCACUGUAAACUGGAUGUUCGACUUUGAUGACAAUUCGCUGGUUGCAAAUGAACCUGGAAUAACCAAAAAUGAUUCUUUUACCGUUGUGCUGACCAUAGGUGGCAAUAACGUCGAUACAAAGCUUCCAAAGCUAAUAGGUAUAGGAACGAACUCAGUCAAGUAUUCUGUUACAGAUGCUGCUCAUAAUACCGCAAAUUGCUCAUUUACUGUUACGGUUAGAGGUAAGUCAACCGUUUGACUGUUUAGAGUAAGAGGUCCUGGGCCGGGUUGUUCAAAGCUGCGGGUUAAGAUAGCCUAGAGUUAGUGCGAAAUGUGAAUUUAGAUAUGAAAGCUUAAAACGCGAAUUCAGUUUUAUUCUUUUUGUCUACAGUUUGACGAGUGGAUGCUAUGAAAAGAAGAAAAAGAAACCCAGAUAAAAAACAAACAAACAAACAAACAAUCAAACAAAAACAAAAAAGAAAAAAGUAACUCUAAGUUUUUGGCGCUAAUCGGCCUUCGAACAACUCAGGGCCCUGGCUAGUAACUCGCGAAUAAACCUAUUUAGAUAUGCCAAUUGCAGGCUCUCGAUACUUACAACUAAUAUUCGUUUGUCUUUGUGUGUUUUGUAUCUGUCUUUGUUUGCUUGCUUAUUUUUUGAUGGCCUUGUUGGUUGUUUGUUUUACUGGGCCUGGUUUAGAUGGAAUAAAUAGAACGGAGGGUAUGUUCUUCGAGAACAACUAAAAAAAUUCUGAGUUCCAGGGGGGAAUUGAAUACAUGCAAGACCAAAUGUAAACGUGGUAAACCUAAUAGAAAUAGUCAUUAUUCGUGGAAUACAUUCUUCUUUGCAAGAAGCAUUUGAGUUUUGAUGCCCCUCGUUCGCAGAAGAGCUCAAAACUUGAGGAUAACAGACCAUUUUACAAAUUUACAUUUGCACCCCCCUGACUACUAGAUUAAUUAUGUAAACAUUAAAGACUUAUGUCAUCAGUGUGGACGUUUUGGGGCCGAAAUCGCACACUUCUCUCUCGCAAAACGUUCCUAGCUGUGGGAAGCGAUAAGCGAUGGCUGUAUUUGCAGGCUUUAGUUGAUGGAAAACUAUAGAAAUAAUGAUGUAAAGUGUAAAAUUUAAAAGCUCAAUUGGGAAAUUGUGUCAAGAUAUUCACACUUUUUAUUGUCUUUAUUUAUUUAUUUUUUACUUUACUCAGAGUCUAAAGGCCAGUUAUUUAAGCGGAGUUUAGCCAGUGUUUAACAAAACCGCGUUCUAAGCCAUUUUCAGUAUGCCCAACACUUUUAUCUAAACACUGUUUGUCGUGAACAGCUAGUUUCACGGAAACUUAUGAGGUACACUAGAGAGACAUUUAUCCAGUUAAAAUAACCCGCUCAGGGAGAGAACAGAGAGAACAGUUCAAUAAUUUCUUUAACCGCGGUCUAUUCAGUUAAGCUUCGUUUGAAUAACCGACCCUAAAUAUCUUAUAACGUUUUUGGAUUAGUCUAAUAGUUCGGGAAAUUGCCUUCCUAUAUAUACUUCCCCCCCCCCCUCACCCGCUUUCCCCUACCCCCUUUCCCCCAAACUGAAGGUUAACCUCAUAGCCAGAGGCAAAACCCUGUCACCAGACGGUCUUAACCGAAGGAAUGAACAUUGAACUGUUUCUUCUUCUAUUUUUCUUGUAUAUUCAUUUACCUGUAUAUUAUUCUAUCUAGUAUUUAUAAUUGUAGUUAAUUAUUAACCAUAUAUGUUAAAUGAAAUUCAAAUUUCAGGAGCCGUUAAAGAUAUUUUCUCUCGGUAUAGUUCUGGCCCUCUGGAAGGCUAAUUUUGUUAGCCAAAAUAUUGGCCUAUACCGAUAAAUCAGCCCUUUGCCGUAGUACAGCGCUGCAUUCAGUUUUGUUUUCUUUCACACUUUAAGUGACGUCUGGCUACAGUAUCUCUUUGAUUAGAGAUCCGGCAAGAGGAACCAGUCAGUUAUAUUUACGCGUUGCGAGGACCUCUGCAUUUAAACAGAUCUUUUUUAAUUUCUUACUUAGGGCAAAAUGUUUGGUGGGGGGUAGGGAUAGGAGGGUAAUUUGCCAGAGUCACCAUAUACAGUCGAACCCCGCUAUUUCGAACUCGGUUAAUUCGAAGUCCCCGCUAUUUCAAAGGAAGAUCGAAUUCCCUUGGAUUUACCCUUAUGUUUUCAGUCAUUUACUAUCAGCUAUUUCGAACUCGGUUAUUUCGAAUUCCCCGCUAUUUUGAACUCAUAGUUCUUUCCCUACACCUUAAAUCCGUUUAAAUCAACCCCGUUAUUUCGAACUUGUCAAAAACAGAGUACGUAUAUAAGAGCACAGCUGGAAACGUAUUGCAUUUUAUUUGAGCUCGUUUUGCGUAAUUAAUAACUUAACAAUGCUUGACUCACGUGCAGUGUUUCGCUAAGAAAUUCCAGCUGUGUUAUUCAAUUACAAAACAAAACGCACCGUUAGUGAACUGUUCUUCCGGCUGAAAUACUCGUGUGUGAACUCUGAAUUACUGUAUUUUUAUUUAAUCAGUGUCUUUCUUCAUACUGUACUGUAUUUUAUUAAAAAAUGAUUCAUUGUUACGAAUUUUACGCUUCCCCGGUUAUUUCGAAACCCCGCUAUUUCGAACUUUUUUCCAUUUCCCUUGGGACUUCGAAAUAGCGGGGUUCAACUGUACUACGUUUUUUGUUUUCUAUUUUAGAUACCGAGCCACCGACUUGCGGUUUCUGUCCACCUAAUAAGUUGAUCGACAACGCAACUCUGCCUAACAUCCGAGUAAACUGGCCGAGGGCAAAUUGUUCUGAUAACUCUGGCCAAAAUCCCGUGAUCACCUCAAACCGACUAUCUGGGGAUUUGUUUGCAGUGCCCGGUGUUUAUGAAGUUGUAUACACCGUCACCGAUCAGCAAAAUAACGUAAACAGAAACUGUUCUUUCAGGAUAACACUUAAAAGUAAGUAUUUCAUUUGUUAGUCUCCUACGUAACCGCGCUUAAAGGCUGGUUUCCACUAUCGACGGAGUUGGAGUCGGAAUCGUAAGCGAAGUCGUAAGAGCGCUUAUGACCUUGUGAAAAUCAAAAAUCGGAGUCAUAAGCGGAGUCACACGCGCAUGGAAUCGGAGUCGGAAGCCGAUCAGAACGUUUCCAUAUUCUUCCGUCUCCGCUUAUGACUCCGUCGUUUACGAUCUAGUGAUCACAAUCAACGUUUAUACGUUUUGUGAUUUUAAUUCUUCCGCUUCAGCUUAUAACCCGACAACUUAGUUUUCACUUGAUCCUAAACGACGGAUUCGUCUGCGGAAUCUGGGCGCCGUUUUCUUUCUUCCCGCCCAAUGUUUUGGAAAAACUCUGCCACAACUUAAGCCUUUUCUAGGUUUUUUGGUUCCGGUCGAGUUUUCUAUCAGAGAAAACAUCUCGUAAGCUUUCAAACUUUUGUUUCUAAUUCUCCGAUAAAAUUUGUUGCUUUGCUUUCUGUUUACAUUUAACCAGCUUCCUAUUCAUUUGCCCCGUCCUCCUCAACUUUUCUACGUUCCCUUGUGCAAUUGCAUUAAUUAGUACUCCAUCGUGCGUUUAGGUUUUCUGAAGCGUCUUUAAAUGCGCAGACAUCUUCAUUCAUAACAUUUUAAAAUUUCGGCGCCAUCUUGGCACCGAGACGUACGGAACGUUGCCAUGGCAAUUUUGUAAUUUCACAUGUGAAGUUAUAAAAUUAGUAUAGGAAAUUUCGCGCCAAAAUUAAGGAGUAAUUUGGCACCCAUGAUAUUACAAUGUUACUUUUUAUUUUUUCGCUCAUAUUUUUUUUGUUUCCAUACCUGUUGUUUGAUUAGGUUUAUUUAUGUUGCAGAGAAGACGUGUCCUCUUUACGCGCCACCAAAAAAUGGCGCUUUGGUGUGCAACUACAUUGGAGCGGACCCGAGUUGCCAAGUCCAGUGUAAACAGGGUUUUGACUUUGUGUUCACUCCUCCCUUUACCUAUUACUGCUCUGGUGGAGUAUGGAAACAUUUCUCUAUCGGUCCGUUCGAUCCCAGGCUACCAUGGCCAGACUGCGCAAGUAAGUGCGAUGAAUUUCUAAUACAUUGCAUUAGAACCUCCAUGCGCGACCACCUUUCGUAAGCAAUUACCUACCAUAACGAUUACCUACCUGUAAACACCGACAAGCCAAAUAUAUUCACUUUCUUGGUAUUUGUUUUUACGACUGCUUCAUUAAUAGCUCAAAUUUCGUUGUCCGAAAAUGCCUCGAAGCGAGACGCCAUCUUGGCUCCGGUCGCAAAACAGUGAAUAUCCAAGGAUAUUCCGAGUUACGGGAGCCAAUCAAAACGUGCGAAAAGUGCUAUUUACUGAUUUGGUAAAUACUAAAAGGGAAUAUUUUAUUAUUUAUUCUUAACAGAUACGGUAAACCCUAAUAAUUUAUGGAUGAGGAGUUUUCCGUUUUUCCACUUUACUGGAGACUGUAAUGAUCCUAACACACAAGACGCAAUUAAGGGCAACUUUUUGAAUCUUAUGAACAACGGCCCGGUACUACCCUUAUUUUGUAAAGAUGUACCCGCACAGUGCAACAAGGAUACAGUUCAAGUCUAUUGUGGCAAUGUUACUGCUGUGGAAAGACGAAGGAAGCGUGCUGCCACCAGGACGGUAUGAAUUGCAUACUAUUUAAUUCAUAGAUUUAGCCUAAGGUAAAAGCGAAGCGUCCAUUUAUAUGCUUUUAAUUGAUUAAAAGCAUUAAAAAAAAAACGAUUUUAUUGCAAAAAGAGAAAAUUAUAAAUCAAAUUCGAUCACAGUAAUAGUCUUGGAAAGAAUUCUUACUCAUGACCCCCCCUCCCCUCCCUCUCACUCUCUGCUCCACCACACCCCUUUGAGAAGCUUGUAGGCCAUGAAAUUUAAUCUUUUAUAAAGGCUGGUUGUUGUUCUCGGAACUCUUUGGUUGCGUCCAGUUCACAGUUUAUGUUUAUAGGCGAUUUUUGUGAUUAGAAUAUGUCUUCUUUGCAAAAUGGGACCGACAAACUGUUACGUGUACACUACCCUUUAGAUUAUACACCACAAUAUCUGAUACUCAGUAACCUUUGCUGUAAGUCGGUUAUUAACUUUUUGUUUCUUCUGGCGAAAAGACCCAGGGAGGUUGAUAAGUUAUUUGACAUUUCCUCCUAUGAAUAACCAUAAUUUUGCCGUCUUUGUGUGCUGUGUAUUUUAAUACGGUUAAAUCGGCCCUGGACUUAAACUACAAAUUAUAAACGUAAUAACAAUAAAUAACGUAUUCCAAAAACGCGAAAAAAGUAGGAUUCUGUCGGUAAAAUAAUCGACAAAACUUUUAUGUACUUUCUUACAAUGUGAGUUAAUCUGUAAGGCACAAAGCACGCCAUGCACCAUUUUCAGAUAUUUCAUUUACGCGUCGUGAAAGGAAAAAAUCGCUACACAGCACCGUGCAAAAUUAUGACUGACAAUCAAAACGUGAAUAAAACAUAAAUUAAACUGUACAAUAACAACACUUUUUGAGCUAUUUUGAAAAAAUAGCUCAUAUGUCAGUGGUCUGAGCGUAUGUAUCUUUGUGGCUUUGUAUGUUGGGAUGUUUGUUGCAAGAGCCAAUAAGGUUGAAGGUACUAUGAGUUGAUGCUUAGGAACCAAUGAGAUCUUAGCAUCUACUUAAACAUGGCAUUGGUAAAGGUCGAACAAGGGCACUUUGAGACCGCCAUCUUGAUUCUUCACAAUUUUUUCGUCUUUUAUUACGGCUACAGGUGUUUCGAAUAAUUACAUUAAAUAUCUUCAUGAUUCAAACGCUGUGUACAGUGAUGCAGCUGUUUAAGGGUUCAUAUUUUAGUACGGAUGCUGCUUCAAGGCAUUUCUGAUCUAAUUCGGCUAUCGGUACAACGCACGUCAGUAUGAGUUCUGUUUGACCUGCUACAACUGGGUAGAGUAUAAAAGAUCAUAUAUUUUCAAAGCUCUUCCAAUGAAGCAAUAAUUGAUAUUUAGAUAUAGACUUUAAUUCGAAAGUAUGCGCCCUAUAAAAUGUGGAUUUAGAAGUUUAAAAAGGCAGCUUAUUUUUGUGAAAGCUGUACCGAGUAUUGUUAAUCCUGUAAACAAGCUUUAAAAAUAUUAUUCUCUCGCUUACAAAGUUCAACAGACCUUUUUCGUUCUGGCAAACAAAAAAAAAGAAUAAUAAGUGAACAACAUGAUACAUCCUUCCUGCAUACUAAGUAUUAUAGUUUCUGAAACGUAUCUUAUUUAGUAAAGAUGCGUAACUUAAGUAGAAACAGUAGCGUUAGGGAAUAAAAUUGGAAGAAGCUAGUUGACACAAUAAUUAGAUACUGUUGUAUUGAGUGGAGUAACAUGAUACAAGUAGAAAUAUAUUUCGGCAGUUUGAUAAUUUUCUUGGAAGUUAAUAAAUGUUAGGCUAUCGACCUUGACGUUGCAUGAAACAUAAUUUAAUUGCAGAUGUUGUAAUAAAGCCGAGGUAGUUUCUUAAAAUCGCUUGAGAAAAUUUUGUAGUAAAACAAUUUGCCUUUUUUUUACGUACGAAUUGUAAAAGGGCCAUAGACCAACAUCUUCACAUGCAAAUUGUGUGCAUGAGUUAUUUUUAUAAUUCUGUUUACUAGAUUACUGUGUAAUAACUCGAAUUCCCUCACGUACGAACCACGAAAGGGGGCAAAGUCCAACACUUUCACGUGCCAGCUGUGUGACUGUACAUCUCAUGCAGAUUGGCUUUUCACAAUGAUAAAUAGUAACUUGGACGUAUGAAGACCUGUUUCGUUUUGUAACCAAUGCCUUAAAAAAGGCUCUUGUCUUUUAAGAAGCAAUAGCUUUUAAAACAUGAAGAAAUAAGUUGUCGGAGUUAAAGACUGUCUCACAAAUGUUAAUAAAUGUUAGGUUAUCAACCUUGACGUUGCAUGAAACAUAAUUUGAUUGCAGAUGUUGUAAUGAAGCCGAGGUAAUUUCUUAAAAUCGUUUGAGAAAAUUUUGUAGUAAACAAUUUGCCUUUUUUUUUUUACGUACGAAUUGUAAAAGGGCCAAAGACCAACAUCUUCACGUGCAAAUUGUGUGCAAGAGUUAUUUUUAUAAUUCUGUUUACUAGUUUACUGUGUGAUAACUGGAAUUCCCUCACGUACGAACCACGAAAGGGGGCAAAGUCCAUCACUUUCACGUGCCAGCUGUGUGACUGUACAUCUCAUGCAGAUUGGCUUUUCACAAUGAUAAAUAGUAAAUUGGACGUAUGAAGACCUGUUUCGUUUUGUAACCAAUGCCUUAAAAAAGGCUCUUGUGUUUUAAGAAGCAAUAGCUUUUAAAACAUGAAGAAAUAAGUUGUCGGAGUUAAAGACUGUUUCACUGAGUAGAAUCGCACGUGAAAA